UCGACGAAGAAAAUCAAUUCCUUUUUUCACCCACACACAAAACACACACAUAACACAACUUGUGGGCCGUUUUGUUGUGUGGUGGCCCGCUCUUACCUGCCAGUGUGUAUACGCGCCAGUUCUUUCGAAGACGCUAGGGGUUUUGUGCCUGUGCCUAAAUGUGGUGUUUCGUUACGCAAAAAUUUCAUUGCUGCACGUUUAAUUUAAUAUUAAACCAGUUUCAUUUUGCCAGUGCUGUUUAAUUGUGUUUCGUACCGAAACACGCGUUCACGCCGGAUAGUUGUCUCAAGUUACUAACCUCGAACCGAGCCAAACCCGGGAGUGGGUUCUUCAACCUCGUCAACAUGAACGGCACACAUUCGCCCGACAUGAUCAGCCGGUUUCGGGAUUUGAAACUGCUGGAAUCCGGUGAAGGGCCCCGACCCGACCAUGAGGAAAUGAGUCACCAUCGACAGCAACGAUCAUUCGGUGCCCAGUCAGCCGCCACCAAGUCCCAAUUCAUUCCGGCCAUUUGUAACUUUCAAACGGCGCGGAAAAUGGCACAGGAAAAUCUCGAACAUCAGCCGCUACCGGAUGCAGUGAUCGAUAUUGCAUUUCGGAAAGCGCAAGCCGCCGGUUUCCCGAACCCGGGCAUGGAGCUAAGCGUAGGACCGUACGCAACCGGUGUUGGCUGCAAGAACUACAAGGCAGGGCCUACCAAAUGUACCAAGUAUCGUGUGUAUCGACCGAAAACGUGUGGCGUCAUACCGAAGGUACCGAGCGCGCUGGAUACACCCGAGCGGCCAGAAAGUAUGCGUGUGAAGAAGAAGGUCGGUGCGAUGGAUUUGGCCAUCGGGUGGGAGUUUCGCACCAAACAUGAACCACGGUCCCAAACGUACAUGGACGGCUCGAAACCCUCGGUAGCGCCACCAAUAUUUGAAGUGGUCGAACCUGCCAAAGACCUAAACCUUCCCGCGGUGGUACACGCUGGAGGCGUCUUUUCCAACACCCUGGGCGAGGAGGACUUUUUCGACCGUGAUGUUAUUCGACAGCACAAGCGUCUGGUCCGCCCAACGAGCAACCGUUGCAAGUGUGGCAAUAGUUCGGCCAGAUCGUCGAAAUCUCCGAAUGUUGCACGGCAGCAGCAGCGAAAGAAUGGCAGUGGCCGUGACCGGCGUGAACAGACUCUCCAACAGCAGCAGCAGCAGCAGCAACAGAAACACCACGAUCGCGAACCUACCACGAUGGAGAUCAACAAUAACAACCUGCCCGCAGUACGAGGAUCAGCACGAUCGCACGGUUCUUCGCAGGGGAAGGAACUCGCCGAACUCCAACGCCAAGGUGGCAGUGCAAACUCGAUGGAGCGCAAAAUGCACGAAGCAGCGGCCAGGCACGCGGAACGGAUCGAACGCUUCUGUCACAAGUUUGUGCCGGAAGAGUUCCCGUACAACUUCCAUCAGGAGUAUCGGUGUGCGUUCAAGGCGGGUAUACCGCAGAGCAAUGUGUCCGGUACGCUUAGUAGCUUCGAUACCGGACCGAACGGUAACGAGCAUCAGCGUAAACCGGCCGAUUACAAAAAGUUGCUCCACAUUCCCAAACCACGGGAACCGUACACGAAGAAAAACUACGUCAUCGAUACAUUAGCGCCACCGUUCGCAUUCUGGAAGAAGGGUUCCGGCUAUCCGGACUAUUGGCGACUGAUCAGCGUUUAUCAACAGGCGUACAAUAAACCGAUCGAGAAGCGAAAAUACCCACUGCUCAAAACCGUGUACCAGUAAGAACUGCGGUUCUACCAGGGACACAUCCCAAUUACGUCAGCUCAAUUAUUCAUUAAUAGCCUUAUCUUCACCCCCCUUUAUUAGCCAAUGAUUUUGAUUAUGUCGAUUUUCACCAAUAGCCAGUGUUGUGUCAAGUGCCCGUGUACUUAUUAGUUUGAUGUCGGAAAAUAAAGCAGAAACACAUUCGAUUCGAUCUCUAGGGAGAGAUCUUAUGCCAUAUCUAUGGUUGGCGAGAAGAAGUGUGGUUUGAUUUGUAGUUCGUACUUCCUGUCCUGGUGGUAAACAUAAAACAGGUUGCAUUUAUGGUAGUUUAUUACAUAUCGAAUCGAUGGAAAAUAUGGGAACUGCUUAAAGCUUUAUACAUUUUUAAUAGGGGAUGUUUUGUUUGUGCAAUUCGGAAAGAUUCAGUACUGUCUUUUUGAUAAGUAAAGAAGUAAGGUGUACAACAUCAACAACAAGCGGCAAAAAUUUCGCGGCCCCUUUAACCUCGGGCACCCCCGCAGGCGCAUAGUUGAUGAUCCGCCUC